AUGCGUGCAAGUUCCAUUGAUAUUCAUCCGAAUGCAACAUGGUCACAGAAUGGUAUCACUGUUUCUGGAGGAAAUGGAUCGGGCAGUGAAACCAAUCAACUCUAUUGGCCAUGGGGUUUGCACGUCGACGACGCUCAGACGAUUUAUGUCGCUGAUUGGUUGAAUCAUCGUAUUGUGAAAUGGAAAUCUGGUGUAACGAAUGGAAACGUAGUUGCUGGUGGAAAUGGACAAGGACAUGAAGCACAUCAAUUAUAUUGCCCACUAGAUGUGAUUGUUGACGAAGAGAGCGAUAAUUUCAUCAUCAGCGAUUGGGAGAAUAACAGAGUAGUUCGAUGGCCUCGUCGAAAUGGUACUCAGGGAGAAACAAUUAUUUCCAAUAUCUCUUGCGCGGGUUUGACAAUGGAUGACAAUGGUUCUCUCUAUGUUGUUGACGAUGAAAAACAUGAAGUGAGACGAUAUAAAAUUGGCGAUACUAAAGGAACACUGGUUGCAGGUGGUAAUGAACAAGGAAGUCGUCUUGAUCAACUCUCUGAGCCCACCUACGUAUUUGUCGAUCAAGAAUAUUCAGUUUAUGUGUCUGAUUGGGAAAAUGAUCGUGUAAUGAAAUGGAAAGAAGGUGCAAAACAAGGCAUUGUCGUAGCCGGUGGUAAAGGAGAAGGAAACAGUCUUACACAAUUGAAUCAUCCUCAAGGAGUCGUUGUUGAUCAAUUGGGUACUGUCUAUGUGGCUGAUUCUCACAAUCAUCGGAUCAUGCGUUGGCCAAAAGGAGCCACACAAGGAAGUGUCAUUGUUGGCGGAAACGAUAAAGGAGCACGGUCAAAUCAACUCAAUGGUCCCGCUGGUUUAUCAUUCGAUCGACAUGGCAAUCUCUAUGUCGUCGAUUGGGGAAAUCAUCGAGUACAAAAAUUUAAUAUCGUAUGA